AUGCAGAUGAGCUGGCCAUACCCCCUACGAAGUCCCCUUGAUCCUGACAUCAGCCCUGAUGAAAAAGACUAUAACAUGAUAUCCCCGUUGUUCGCGGACGGCUCUAACUUUCCUUGCAAGAACUACCAGAAUACUCCCGAUAGCUAUGUCACCAAAGCAACUUACCUGGCCGGCGGUACCUACGACAUGUGGUUGAACGGGACAGUCCCACACGAUGGAGGCUCUUGUCAACUAUCUCUGUCUUAUGACAACGGAGCUACAUUCAAAGUCAUCAAAUCCAUGAUCGGCGGAUGCCCCUUGACACACAACUACGCCUUCACGAUUCCGAGCUUUGCGCCCUCUUCCGAUUCGGUGCUCUUCUCCUGGUCUUGGUUUAAUCUCAUCGGAGAUCGCGAGAUGUACCAAAAUUGUGCCCGAGUUGAGAUCGUUGGUGGCUCGAGCACACGGCAUCGACGAGGCUCGCCGUAUCGACGCCAGGUUGCUUCAAUGGAUCGGCUACCCAAUAUGUUCGUGUGCAACGUGAACAACGGCUGUCAAACCAUCGAGCGACAAGAAGUGGUUUUUCCAGAUCCCGGGAGCGAUGUUGUCUACGGCCAGGAUGCCAUUGUUCCGGAUCCAGGUCCGGGGUUUACCAUCAAUGGCGUCGCUGCUUCAACUACUUCUGUUUCCCUGACCACCUCCGUCUCGACGCAACUCGACCUUGUGACGACGACUGGGACAUCCAGCAGUUUGGAAGUUCCCACAUUGACAACAACGUUCACGACUCAGACUACUCGGCCGUCCUCGACUGCAACGACAACCACUGUUGAAACUACCACCGUGGACACCAUUACCACAUCCAUGCUCGUCUCCCCAGCGGCUUUCUUCACGACCGAUUCGACCACACUGAGCACACUCUCAACCACCACGACGCCUUUUACUUCGGGAACAGGAAGCGUCGUGGAUAAUUUGGCUGAAUCUACCACAUCUUUCAGCACAUUGACGACAACCUCAACCACCACGACGCCUUUUACUUCGGGAACAGGAAGCGUCGUGGAUAAUUUGGCUGAAUCUACCACAUCUUUCAGUACAUUGACGACAACCUCAACCUCCCUUGCCCCUUUCCCCCUGACUAACGGUUCAACUAUUACGUCCGCCAUUGCCUUGGGCACUGUCCACGACUACUUCGAUGACGACUACGACCCCGACGACACUUACGACACUUACGACCAUGACAUCGACGACGACGACGACGACCACAACGACGACUACCACGACGCUAGACGAUCUUGCGACAUCUUUGACGACUACAGUGACGACUCCUACGACUUCAACGACGACUACCACAACGCUAUACGAUCUUGCGACAUCUUUGACGACUACAGUGACGACUCCUACGACUUCAACGACUACCGGAACGACAAGCACUAUUUCUACGAUGACAACAACAGCAAGCAUCACACUGCCAACCACUUUUACGACAUUGGUACAGGUUGCCUCUACGACCACGAGCACGACCACGACCGCUACCACUUCUCCCACCACUCUCCCACUGCCUUGUGUCCCCGGAACAUUCACAUGUAA